AUGAUUUCCGGAAUUGCACACAUCAACCUCACGAUCCCUCGGGGGACAUUGGAGCAGGCCGAGGAAUUCUACGGCACCACCCUGGGACUCACUUCGGCGCCGGUACCGGAGCUGCAAGUAGGCACGAUUCUAUGGUUCAAUAUUGGCUCUAGCGGGCAGCAAAUACAUAUCUCGUUUGGUACUACUGAUCCCAGCGGUACUCGGCACCCUUGCUUUAAGCUGCCUUCGCCUAAGGACCUGGAAGAGACUAAGGCCAGUAUCUAUGAUCACCAUGUAAGAGGGGGGCCUGCGGCUCCAAUGGCUGCUGAUAAGCCUGGCGAAAUGGACUCUGGUACCCAAGGAAAGGAAUAUCCCACACGAUUCUUUGCUCGUGACUAUGCGGGGAAUCUGCUCGAGUUCACCCUGUAG